CGGAUCUUUACAUUAUUUUACGAUCAAUAAUCCAAUAGUUAUUUUAUUUAGCUAUUAAUAGUUUUUGCUAUGAAUUCGAUCUAAUGCAGCCAUGAUACUUUUACCUGUUUUGAUCCUUUUCUAUAUUGAGAGUGCUGUAGCAUUUCCGUGUGACUGGUCGUGUCCUUCUGAUAAACCGUACUGUAGUGAAGUGGGCUGUAUCUUCGAAUGUCCAGAGCCGUUCUACAUUAAUGGCAGUAACUGUGUCUCUGACUGUGGCGAAUGGUUUGUAGACGAGAACAGGCACUGUGUUGCUUCUUGUCCUGUAAAUACCGUCUACAAGGAAACUCUCAAACAAGUAAUGAAUUCCCAGUAUUUGGAAAGGAAAUGUGUUAAUUGCGACCAACCCAAUCAGCUCGUUUCAGACAGAUCAUGUGUAAAAGUAUGUCCUAAUGAUACAAGAUUCAUAGACAAAAAUAUGUGUGUUCCAACAUGUCCGAAAGAACGAUCGUUUAAGAUUAACAUUACAAUAUAUGGAUUGCUUCAUUAUAAGUGUAUUGAGAAAUGCCCACAAGUGGAGGAUAACAACUUCUGCCGUGAAGACUGUCCCGAAAACAAAGUUUCAUUCCAGUCUUCGUGCGUUGAGCAGUGCCCAUCUUCACAUCCCUUCUUAUUUUUGAAACGGUGUGAGACUAAAUGCCCUGAACAUGCUCCAUUAGCUGGGUAUGAUGAAAUUUCAUGUGUAAACUGGGAGUGCCCUGAAAAAAGAUCUUUUGUUGAUAAUCAAACAUGUGUUGCAAUGUGCCCUAGCACAGCUCCGUAUAUAGUUUCGUCAGAUAGAUUCAACUAUUGCGUUAAGGAUUGUGCAGGUAAAUACAUAUUUAAUGAUCAUUGUGUGUCUACAUGUCCAUCCUUUACUGUAGCUGUUAACAAUACCUGUCUUGGCCAAUGUCCAAGCAAGACGCCAUAUUCAUGUGUAGUAACACCUGGAGAUAAAUGCGGUCAACGUCCCAGACAGCAGUUUCAACAUUCCAUAUGUAUUUACAGUUGCCCCCAUACAAUGUUACUUUGGAAUAAAACUUGUGUUUUUUCUUGUCCAAGUGGAAGGGCAGUUUUUGGUAAUGAAUGUACAGAUAUAUGUCCAGUAGAUUACCCAUAUAUGGGAAAUGUUACAAAACCUGAAGAAGACUGCUAUCAAUAUGCCUGGGGACAAUACUGUCAAACCGUUGAAAAAGCGGUAUUAACAUGUUUAAAGGAAUGUCAGGCGAAUAGAUACACCUUUAACGAUACUUGUCUAUCAUAUUGUCCGUAUCAUUUACCACAACACGACAACACAUGUGUACCAAAGUGUCCGGUUUCAGCUCCUUUCGUUACGAAUGCAACAGUAGUCAUAGAGAGCUGGCCAUAUCAUUCCUAUAAAGUCAAACAAACGGUACAGAAAUGCGUGAGUGUCUGUGAUGACGAUAUGGUUAUUUUAAAUCAUGCAUGCGUGAAAACGUGUCCUGAAGACCAUUCAUACAUUCAUAAUAGAACUUGUUCGCAGCAAGAGUGUGAAACUAGGUACACUGAAAAAGGUCCGUCCGGAAUAAUUUGCACUGACGAAUGCGAACCUUGGCAGUUUGUUCUCGAUAAAAUGUGUGUAAAAACAUGCCCCAGUACCCACAUGAUUUAUAAUGGAACUUGUGUUGACCACUGCCCUGGCAGUCAUUUAUUAACUAGUAUGUUUAUUAUUGGAGAAACAUGCGAUACGUACUGCUCAGCUCAGAAUAUAUCAAAACAAUGUAUUAAAGAGUGCCCGCAUGGGCUCUUCGAGUAUAAGAGCUCAUGUGUUAGCUUUUGCAAUUCGCCAUUGUAUACAGUCGAUAACAAAUGUGUAGAAACAUGUCCAUUUGAUAAGCCGUAUAUUGAGACAUCUUCAAUAACAGUAGCAAACUGGAGCAAAAAUGGUGUCCAGUUUAAAAAAAGUAGCACUAAUGAAACUAUUGUGAAAUGUGAAGCCACAUGUUCUGCUGAUAAAGUAUUAUUUGGUUCUAGAUGCGUGGAUCGAUGCCCCUUGCACUCACGUUUUAUUUUAAAUGGAACCUGCAGAAGUGAAACAUGCACAACAAACUAUAAGUUCUACACAUCACUAGGCAUCAGCUGUUUUGAUGAGUGUCCACCGGAUUUAUUUAUAAAAAAUGACACGUGUUACUCUCAAUGCCCGAAUAAUAUGUACGCUUUAGGGCGGAACUGCGUAAGUGAGUGUCCUAGAUCUCACAGUUUUGUAAACAAUGAAACACUUGGAAAGCGUGAAUACAACUGUUUAGAUCUUGAAAAUAAUGUGUGUACUGAGAGUCUUACUUACAUCAUGCGAUGUCAUGAAAAAUGUCCUGGAAACAAAUUUAUUCAUAAAAAUACAUGCCUAGAUUUUUGUUCAAAGAACAUCAGUGUCGUGUUUAAUAGAACCUGUGUAACAAGUUGCCCCGAGACUAAUCCGUUCACACAACCGUCAAACAAAACGGUAUCGAAGCGGAAAGAGCGGUCUAUAGGCGGCGAAUGGUAUUUCGAAAGUGAAGAUCAUCAAGUGGACGAAUGUGUGCGGAAGUGCACCGGUAACUAUUCGUUACAUUUCGGAUACAGAUGCACCUCAAGCUGCCCAAGCAAUGUACCGUAUCUAGACGAUGAAACAAAAUGUGUUAAAAGGUGUCCUGGAGACAAAUUACUUGACAUUAACACAAGCAUGUGUGUAAAUAUAUGUGAAAAUGACAGAGGAUUAUUUAAUCAUUCUUGUUAUUAUAACUGUCCGGAAGAGUACAAAUAUAUGUAUAAUUCGAAGUGCGUUUCCCAAUGUCCAUCUUCGCAUGCGAAUGCUGCAGAGGAAGACAGAUUUAUUUGUCGAAAAUCGUGUGCUGGUAAUUGCAACAUCAAUCUUGGGGCACACAUUUCGUUAUGGGUGUUAGUGGCUUUACUCUUAAUAUUGAUUGUUUACAGUAGACAGAGUUUAAUGGACUUUCUACAUGUUCUGCGAUUGAUGUUCGUCUCCGAGAAAAAAUUAAAAGAGAUACAAAAGCAAGAGAAUAUAUGUCGAAGAAUGAGGAAGCAAAAAGAAGAUAGAAUUCCAAUUAAUGAUGAAGUGUCUUUCCAAGCUGAAAAUGAAGAAAUCAUGAUCGAAUUGCAAGGUGACAGAACGGACAACGUACUAAAUCAUGAAGAUACCAGAUUAUGAAAAUCGCAAUAUAUUAUAUCAAUUCAAGUUUUUGUACAAAUGUAAUGUCAUGAAGUUAUUGAUCUAGGACCACGUAUCAGUUGACUUCAUUCAUACAAACACGCUAAUUAUUUUGAAUGACGUAUGUGCACUUGAAAUUUUAUAAAAGCACUCGUGAAAGAAUAUGUGCUCGUACGCUGUGUAGGUGCACUUGUAUAUAUUAGAAUUAAAGGAGCACGACAACUCAACAUUAUACCUUCACCAAUUAAUAAAAAUAUAAUUAAAUAUUGAGGUGCUCUUGUAAAUAACUAGUGGAUAAGGUGUCGGCCGCUCAAUCCAGGGCUUGUGGGUUCGAGCCCCACUGCUGUCACGACCAUGACUUUUUAUAUGACAUCAGUACUGUUUUUUCCAUGAAUCGGACUCGAGAAAGUUCCAUUAAGCUUGAAGCUUUCAUCACAAUCGAGCUAAAACAAAUUAGAAUAAACUAAAUAACAAGUGCAUUUGGAAUUUAUACGCGGACCUAUAAAAAUGUAAAGGUGCACUUGUAUUUUUGUAAGUGCACCUUCUUUUAAAUAUGGAGGUGUAGCCAAAGGAGACUUUUGACCCUGGUCAACUGGCCCGUUAUCCUAAGUGAUUAGUUCCUAAAAUCUUUAUUUAUGAAGGUCGUUGAUUUUUAUUAAAGAGUCUUGUAAAGUUUCAUUAAAGAAUGUCAUCACCAUCACGGUACAAAUUUACAAGAAUCUAGAAUGUGGAAAGUAAGUGUGAUAAUGUAUUAUCAAAAAGCAGAGGAUAUAUUUUCGCAUAGCCUAAUUAUCAUUUAAGUUAGUGCAUGGUAGUAUUAAAAGAAUAAUACUACUAGUAUUUGAUCUGUGGACUAUCAUAUUCAGCUAACAAUAUCAAAUAUUAUUCUCAGACUUUAAAAACGUUUUAUCUUCACAUUUAAAGAAUGUUCCAUGAAGAUUUUCCUAAUGUAUAUUUUAAUGAAAUAUGUA